UUGAAGCAACCAACCGAACGAGCUACAUCUUUGGGUAAAAGCUGCCGCCUUUCCCAAUCUCACUAGCCGGAAAAAAAAAAUACAAUGACCGCCGGAAAACGAAAAUCCGACAAAACCCAAACCAACAAACAUGGUCUUAAAGACCCAUUACUGCGCCGUCUCUCUUCAGCAGCCGCAGUAACCAGUUCCUUUCUCCAAGCGAACGAUCUCUUCCUCUCGCCAUCACAGUCUCUCCGACUCGAAUCCCUAAUCUCAUCUCUCCCAAUCUCACCUUCCCCUUCUCCGUCCUCCACCUCCGCCGCCACGUGGUUCGACCGCUUCUUAACCUCUGCCACAGAAGACGACGAUGAUGAUCCUCGCUGGUGCCUUUGUUUCCGAUUGUCGAAACCAACCUUCUUCAGUCUCUUCUCCAUCUUAACCCCUUCUUCGCUUCCUUCCUUCGCCGCCACAAUCUUCCGUCUCGCUCACGGCGCUUCGUACGAGUCUCUUGUUCACAGGUUCGGGUUUGAUUCCACUUCCCAAGCUUCACUCUCUUUCUUCACUGUCUGUAAACUCAUCAAUGAGAAAUUAAGUCAGCAACUUGAUGAUCCAAAACCCGAUUUUUCACCUAAUCUGCUCCCGAAUUGUUGUGGUGUUGUCGGAUUCGGGAGAUUUGAGGUUAAAGGGAAGCUUCUUGGUGCGAAAGGUUCAAUUUUGGUUCAAGCAUUGGUUGAUUCCAAUGGCAGAUUCGUUGAUAUCUCAGCUGGUUGGCCAAGUACGAUGAAACCAGAAGCUAUCUUCAGACAGACGAAGCUUUUCACAAUAGCAGAGGAAGUUCUCAGUGGAGCUCCGACUAAACUUGGGAAUGGUGUAUUGGUUCCUCGUUACAUUUUGGGAUAUUCUUGUCUUCCUUUACUGCCAUGGCUUGUGACACCUUAUGACUCGAGUUCAAACGAGGAGGAAGAGGAGAGUGUUAGAGAAGAAUUUAACAAUGUGGUACACAGUCUUGGAUUGCAUGCUGUUGAGGUUGCGUUUGCUAAGGUUCGAGCUCGUUGGCGGAUUCUUGAUAAGAAAUGGAAACCAGAGACGGUUGAGUUUCUGCCGUUUGUCAUAACUACGGGUUGCUUGUUGCAUAAUUUUCUUGUGAAUUCUGGAGAUGAUGAUGAUGAUUCACUGGAGAAAUGUGUGAAUAAUGCUUGUGGUGCUGCUGGUGAGAAUGGUGGGAUGAGGAAAGAUGCAAAAGAUGAAGAGGAGGAGGAGACUCGGAGGUUCCAAGGAGAAGCAUAUAUAGGAUCGAGGAGGAUCAGAGAUGCUAUCGCAGAGAACCUGAGGCGAGUGAGUUCACUAAGAUGAAAUUGAACUAGUUUUUUAGCCUCAUCUUGGUAAAAUUGGAUUCUGCUGUUUCUUUUGUGUGUUUCGAUUUGCAGUGUACGGCUUAGAAUGUGAACUACUACUAGGUGAUGGAUUGUUAAAUGGAUUCUAUGAAAAAGGAAAGAAAGGAAAGGAAAGGAAACAUACGGAAUAACUAAGUCAAGAUACAAGACCAAGUUGACAAAGGUUUAAGUUAAAACAACGGCGAACCUAGUUUAUAAUAUACUAGGUAAUAACCCUGCUGAAUAAAUUGACUGAAAUAAAAUUAUUACAAGUAAAAUUAUUAUUUGGAAUUUAAGGUGUCAUAUA